AUGCCCGCCAUUAACGCCAACGAGCAGAAUCUUAUCCUCGUCACAGGAGCUAACGGGUUCAUCGCAGCGUGGACUGUGCGGAUCCUAUUAGAACGCGGAUAUGCCGUUCGAGGGGCUGUCCGCUCUUCAGCCAAGGGCAAGCAUCUGCAGGAGACGUUUAGAAGCUACGGAGAGAAGUUUGAGCUGGCGUUUGUAGAAGAUAUAACAAAGGACGGAGCAUUCGACGAAGCCGUCAAGGACGUCGACGGUGUCAUACACACUGCGUCUCCAGCUACGUUCUCGAUCAAGAAUCCAGAUGACAUGAUCAAACCUGCUGUGAACGGGACUGUUAGUAUCUUGAAGAGUAUCAUAAAGUUCGGGUCCAAAGUGAAACGAGUUGCGGUAACUUCGACUGGCGCUGCAAUUGUCACCGACUCAGUGGAACCGCGAACAUUCAGCGAACUCGAUUGGAAUGAGGAGUGUCUGAAGAACCUGGAACGUCUGGGCUCAGACGUAUCUCCGAAUGAUAUAUAUGCGGCGUCUAAGGUUCUUGCUGAGCGAGGAGCUUGGGACUUCUGGAAGGAUAAUCGACCCACAGUGCAGUGGGAUCUCGCUGUCCUACAUCCGGCCUGGAUCUUUGGUCCCCCAAUACACGAAGUCUCAGAUCCUGCCUCGCUGAACAUGAUCUCGAAGAUAUGGUACGAGAAUGUCGUCCAUCCGACGUCAUCCGGAGCGUCGAACAAGACACUUGCCACGUUGGGCGGAUGUUGGGCAGACGUGCGCGACUGUGCCGAAGCACACGUCCGCGCUCUCGAGAUACCCGAGGCCGCCGGUCAGCGGAUCAUCAUCAGUACUGGCCCGUGGAAGAUGCAAGACUGGCGUGCGUACCAACGUGUUAUUCCUCCUUUUUCUCCGCUUCCGAAGGGUAAUCCGGGAGCUGGAAGUGCCAACUCCGCAACUGUGCAUCUUAUCAACUACGACAUGACUGUGUCGAAUCGCGUGCUGGGUAUGAGGUAUCGCACAAUGGCCGAGACGACGCGAGACACUCUGCAGGACCACGCAGACCGAGGAUGGUAG